CUCACUUUUUAUGCGUGUGUAUAGGAGCGGUCAAAUAAGAUAGCGAAGCGUUUGCAGAUGAUGACCCAGCGCUAUGAGGCCCUGGAAAAGAGGCGGGUAAUGGAGGUGGAGGGCUUUAAGACCGACAUCAAACAAUUGAGGCAAAAACUUAAGGACGUGGAGAAACAGCUCUUUAAGGUGACGCUAAAUGUGGGGCCAGAUCAGGACCUGGCCAUUCUCCAUGAAGUACGGCAGACCAACACCCGCACCAAGAAAAUACAGGGAGAACUGAAGACUCUGAAGGCCAAAAUCUAUGGACUGGAGAACGAGCUCAGACACUCCUGAGGCUGCCAGGCCAUAGACAAAGUGUCCGUUAUCCCCAUAAAGGGUAAAGGCAGCUAAUAAUGGGCAAUUAGGGAUAACAUAUCCAACUUUAUACCUUUUAUGAAGGAUAUAUAUACUUGUAGAUGCCUGAACUGUGGUUGAACAGUUCACUGAAGUGACCUGGUUUCUUUGAGUAUUUAUUAGUUAUGAAUAUGCUUCCAACUGUGCCUUGUCUGUGGCUGAGGUAAAACAGCAGGUAGUUCAUUACUGCUUUUUGUGUGCACCCCUAAAUGCUUAAUUUAAUUAUGAUAACUCGUAUUUGAUUUUGUAUAGAUAAUGGUGUGUGGUUUUAUACAUACAUAUGGGAGAGAUGGUAUGAUUUUUUAUAUUGAUGAAUAAAAGAUUUUAUAUUUAAAA